AUGUCUGACUACGAACAUUACGACUAAGGAGAAUCUGGUUCUUCUUUAACUUAUCCAAUGUAAGCUGGUAAUGUUAAAAAAAAUGGAUAUGCCAUGCUAAGAGGUUUCCCUUGUAGAGUUACUGAAAUGACAACUUGUAAGGCAGGAAAGCAUGGACACGCAAAGGCUACUAUCAUUGGAAUUGAUAUUUUCUCAGGCAAAAAAUAUGAAGACUCAUGUCCAACUUCACAUAAUAUGGAAAUACCAUUUGUAAAGAAACAUGAAUUCUAAUUGAUAGAUAUAUCAGAUGAUGACUAUCUCACUCUUUUGCUUGAAAACGGAGAAACCAAGGAAGAUCUUAAACUUCCUGACGAUGAACCACAAUUAGUAGAAAAACUUAGAGCAGAUUUCGAUAGUCAAAAGGAUAUUCUUGUCUCUAUAAUAUCAGCUAUGGGAUAAGAAAAAAUUAUUUCUUACAGAGAAAUAGUUAAUUGA